UUUUGGAUACACAUGUCAUGGUGAUGCAGUAUUCUUGUUGUUAUUGCAACUUUUCUUAAGAAAAUUUCGACAUUUGAAAGGUAAUGAUGGAUCAUCCAAAAGAUGUCUUCAGCUCAUUCAACUGAUUUUAAUGCCUUUUGUUGCUGUGAGUAUGAGAAUGCUAGCGGCGAGAGGAGUCACAUCUUGGCAUGCUGCUGUGACUGUCAGGCAUUGGAUGAAGCGGCAGAUAGAUGCAUAACGUGUCGACCAGUAUCCAACUCCACAAUGCAGCAGAUCAUUUCAAUGUUUGCUGACCGCUGUCGAUUCCCAUGGUGCUCUGGAAAGGGUGCAGUAAAGAUCCGGAUGGACACCAUUACCCCCAUAGUCAUGGUACCUGUGUGUCUUCUCAUCGGGACGAUCAGCUUCUUUGCCACAGUGAUGAUGCUUAUGUUCAUGCCAAUGUUUAUGCUGACGUUUUACUUCAUAUGGAAACGACGGGGGAAUCAUCAAACACAAUUCUUCUUUCUCUGGGGUUGUACAUCUGUUGUUUUCUGUGUCCUCAUCUUCAUUGCUUGUGUGAUUCCGUUCCGAGAAAUUCUGCUCUGGGAGAUCCUCCUCCUGUCCACGUCGGUUGUGUUGAUGUUUUAUUAUCUGAGCAAAGUUCGACGGAACCCUGGACGAUUUAAAACACAGCUCCUCAGACAUAGGGAGAUGAAGACAAAGUAUCUCCCCAAUGUCUGGCAUCAUCUGUCAUGGAGGACUCCUUUCUCUCGGGCUCAGCAAGUCACAUGGGUGGAUUCUCGGCCAAUCAAAGAGGGGCACCUGCAGAUGCAGUGCAAUGACUGCAACACUCACCGACCUGCACGCUCAGGCCACUGCACUGUGUGCAGAUCUUGCAUCUCUGUCCGUGAUCACCACUGUGUCUGGGUCGAUAACUGUAUCGGGGCCAACAACCACCGGUCGUUUUUGGCGGCGAUGUUAUUGUUUAUAUUCUGUGGUUGCUAUGGUUCCCACUUGACCCUGACCACGGUGUGCACCCCGGAGAUGUACCUGGACUGGUUCCUUCUGCCCAGUGACUGCCGGUUCCUCUACGGAGACAUCCAGACAGCGCUGUGCUUCGUGAGCGUCUGCUACACCAUCCUGAGCACGACCAUCAUGGUGGUGGGCUUGUUCCAUCAGAUCAUCCUCAUCAGCCAAAACUUGACCUCCCAGGAGCUUCACCAAGCUGCCACCAGGGGGAUGACACGGAUGGGUGUGUUUGCCGUCAAUAACGUCAACAACCACGGCUUCAUUCGCAACUGGGUAGAGUUCCUCCUGUCGCACGGCCGGAAAGCCUCUCCGGCCAUCCCAUCAUAACACAGCCCCAUGCCACAAACACACGUGGAGUUCUUUCGAAGCAUAUUUAUUAUUUUAUUCAGGUCAGUUUUGCAUAAGAGGUUUAAAUUUUCUGAGAUAGCAUUUUAUUGUACAGUGACUGUAGUUUUAUAUAAAAAAUACUGCUCAAUACCAAGUCACAGGAGUUAUUUUGUUCCGGAGAAGUUCAAAAUGAAUCAGUUAGAAUAUUUGGUAUUUGUAUGAUGCAAAUUUGUAUAAUGCUAGGAUGUAUAUUUAUGCUUGUUGAUGUGAAUGUCAAGGAAGGGGAGAGAGUAUGAUAUUUUUUAUUGUGGAAGGCUUUCUUCCAACUCCGUGUAUAUAUAUAUAUACAUUAUGUUCCAUCAUGUAUAUGUUCUAAGAAUCAUAUUGAUUAUGUGAAGGUGUCAGUACCGUUUGUCAGUACUUCAUGGGUUAAUAUUCACUCUUCUUCGCCAUCAAGAAAUUCAAAUGGCUGCUGAGCAAGAUGAACUCUUGAAGAUCCGGGUUAGAAUUGUUCUUCAGCAAACCGUCCUCCUCGUAAGAGGCGAUUAAAGGGAUCGGUGGUCAGAC